AUGCAAUCAAAGAUUAUUGUCAUCACAUGUUCUUCUGAUGGAAUCGGAAGAUAUACCGCUAAAAUACUUGCGAAACAGGAGCAUACAAUCAUAAUGCACGGUAGAAAUCCUGAAAAGACAAAAGAAGCAUAUGAGGAAGUAAAGAAAGAAUCGGGGAACGAAAAAGUCGAUUAUUUCCUUGCUGAUUUCUUAGAUUUCAAGUCAAUCAAGGAAUUUGCAGAUAAAAUCAAAGAGAAAUAUGACCACAUUGAUGUUCUCAUUAAUAAUGCUGGGGCCCAGUUUGGAACAGAGAGACAGCUUACAAAAGAAGGUUAUGAGAAAACAAUGAUGAUUAACACAUAUGCUCCCUUCUUACUCACAACACUAUUGCUUGAUUCACUCAAGAAAUCGAAGAGCGGAAGAGUUGUAACUACAACAUCAGCAAGCCACAAUCUUGGAGGAGAACCAGACCUCAAAGACCUUGAGAUGAAUAAGAACUAUUCUGUCACAAGAUCCUAUGGACUUUCGAAGCUUUAUGUCAUCUGGAUAAUGAGACAUUUCAUAAAAGAAGUUGAAAGACAAGGAAUCAAGAAUGUUACAUUCAACCUUGUCCAUCCUGGAUCGACCACGACAAACCUCGGAAGAGAGUCAACAAAAGGCUUCGGAAUGAAGUUCCUUUACACCGUGUUCAAGCCAUUCAAUAAUACAAUGGCUGAAGCAGCAGACCCCGAGAUAUUCGCUGCAACAUCGCCCACACUUGAAGGCAUUUCAGGAAAGUACUUCGGUCCUAAAGGAGAAGAUAAAAUAUAUGAGAAAACAUACACAGAAGAACGCGAGCAAAAGCUAUGGGAUUAUUGCAUGAAUAUUACAGCACCAUACAGGAAUUAA